AUGUUUUGUGACAAAUUGGUCUUCCUUUUUUUUUUCUCCCUUUUAACCAUCGUAUGGGGAGAUGUAGACAGCAGGGACGUCAAUGAGGCUAAAAUUCUAAUCGAGCCGGGUGACUGGAGCACCCGCGGGGGGCAUUCCACGCCGGGGGAAAAAAAGGGAUCCAACGGGGAUGAGAAGGGCGGCGAGGUCAACAAGCCGGACAAGGUAGACAAGAUGGACAAAUCAGAUAACACAGAUGAGGUCGACACCGCGGGAGAAGAGGAGGAGCAACAAGAUGUGGACGACACAGCAUCGGAUGGAGACGACGCCGAAAUCGAAGAUGCGUCACCGGAGGAUGAGGAGGACCCCCCCAAGGAGUUUCCAACUGAAGGAAAAAACAACCAUCGAAAUAACAUUCAGGCCUUAAUAAAUGAAUAUUAUACAAAUGUGAUCAUUCCAAAGAAAUCGAAGGAGCGAGCGGAGAUGGAAGAGGAGAAAAAAAAAAUGUCACUCAUGACAAGAGUUAAAAACUUCUUCAGAAGAAAAAAAGAAGAGAAGAAAAACAAACCAUUAACAUUAAUUGAAUACAUACGCCAGAAAAAUAAAAAAAUAUUGGAGCUCGAAGAGGAGAGGGCAAGAAGACACACAAUUAAAGAUAUGUACAAGUAUCUCUUCUUGACCACUGCUUAUCUCCUAUUUAAUCUGGCCAUCAUCCCGUUUAUAGGUUAUUUUUACCUGUCCAAAUGUGUUAGGGAUGCUAUUAUGAAGCAGUAUAAAAAUAAUCGAGAUAGGCGCAUUGUUCCCUACAACUACGACUUCUCUGCUGACUCACGUUCGAUGAGAUUUUCAAGCAAGACUUUCCGCAAAUGCAGGUAUCACCUUCCGCAGACGGGAAGCGACUUUCCCUUCAUGGUGGGGAUGCACCACGGGGAACCUUAUGCCAUUGUCAAGCUAUGA